AUGAAGUCGCUAUUCUACCUCUCUUCCCUUGCUCUGGCGGCAGCUGGUGACAUCUCGCUCCAGGCCUUCACCGACAGCAGUUGUGGAGGAGACGGAGGCACUGCAAUUCAAAACGUGCACGCCGACGGCAGCGACGUGCACGAUAGUAGCGGAUGCCGGGCACAGGGCCAAUACAAUUCAGUCAAUGUGGUCAGUGUUGAUCCAGGCUUCCGGUGCAACGUCUAUGGCGACAGCGCGUGUCAAAAUUUCCUCGAAACGGUCUUGACGGUAUCUUGUACACCCGUCAUCGGCCAGGGCGUCAUCUGCUUCAAUCAAGCCGCCUUUGACAACCCGUUUGUCGAAUCAACAAGCGCUGUUGCGAUUGGGUCGACAACAGUCAAUGUUGUUGGUGGCGACUCGCUGCAAAAUCAGCUCAACAACGCGGUCAACCAGGCAUGUACAAGCGGAACUGCAUGCGAUCCCACCCACACACUCGUCCUGCAUCAAACCUUCGAUCCGCCUGCUGGAAAGGAAUUCUGCAGUAAUGGAGGUCAGUUGAUUGACAAGUCCGGAUGUACUUCAGAAGAUUGUAGCACCACGAUCUCGAUAUCUGGGAGCUUCAACGACAACAAUCAAAGAGAUUAUAUGAAAGGGUUGCUUCAGAGUGCCGCGGGCUCGAUUCCAUCACCCGUAACGUUUCUGCAAGUGCAGGUCCUGAGCAAGACGAAAGCUAUCCAGGCCCAAAUGAGUGUCACUGUCAGCACUCAGUGCACUGCAGUCGCGCCGCCAUCGGGCUUUACCUGCUCGUCCGCAUUGAAGGACAUUGUCAGCGCAGCGCUCGCGACCGUACCGGGGGUGGGAGGCAUUUCGUCGUUGGCGUUCCAGGCGGACUGCGAUAUAAACGGAUGA